CAAAAGUUGUUGGAUAGCCUGAGGGGGCGAAUAUAGGAGGAGGAGUCAUCUCCUCUGCGGGGGAGUGCGAGAGGGGGGCUCCAGCGGCAGCGUUACCUUCGUCCGGCUGCCUCUCCUCUCUAAUUGUAUCUGUAAGCCGGCUGCUCCUGCAAUGUGGCAGUCGCUGCAGCGAGAGUGCAGGCAGGCGGAUUCUCCUUGAAUGAACUCUGACUGUGCAGUGCAGUGAGAAGUGGCCGCUGAUCCACUGUGCCACGAGGGGGGCUUCAGGAAAGAAUACGCUGGCUGACACUCAAGCAGCUUAUCGAUUUAACGCAAGAAACUAAUUAUUGGCUGCACAGGGAUUAAGGAUAUCAUUUUAACAGUCAACCCAAGUCAGACCUGGAUCUUGUCAUUGUUUGGCAGCAGAUAUUCCAUGGCUACGGAGGUCCAUUGGAUCGGGGUCCAUGCCCUGAAGAUGGGCCUUCCACAGACAGCCGUCAACUUGAUCGUCACCAUCUUACUUGGUGUGAGGGCCGCUCAGGCCCUGGAGAUGUCCGUCGGGAAGAUUCCCUCCCUGCAGGCUGUGAAUGGCAGCACAGUCCUGUUGCCCUGCACCUAUGCCAGCUGCAUCGGCAUUGAGCACCUUUAUUUCAACUGGCAGUUCGAUCACAACGGUGUCAUGAAAAAGGUGUGCGAGGCCGUGAUACAGUCAGAAGGGGUGGUGCCGAAGGUGAAGAUGUACGAAGAGCGUUUUGAAUUUGUGGGGAAAAACGAGAAAAACAACAUUUCCAUCUUGUUGUGGAACAUCACCUUCGAGGAUGCAGGCCAGUACACAUGUUUUGGACGCAACCGCAAAGAAAAGGAAAAGAACCACAGCGCCGUCUUCAGUCUCAUUGUGGUGGAGGAGUUGAGGGAGGUGGACAACACGCUGACCAUCAUCAUUGCCUCAGCAGUGGGCGGAGCCAUCGCACUGCUCAUGGGCUUCAUGCUGCUGAAGAACUUCACUCUCUUUGUUCUUUCCAAGCUUGAGGAGAAAAAUAAGGAGUGCCUUGUAACUUCAUCAGGGAUCGACAACACAGACAACGGCCUCUCAGGAUCCAAAGUGGAUUCGAAACCCAAAACACCAAAACAACCAAACACCAAGAAAUGAGGAUGCGCACAUAUUCUAAACCAUAGGAGUGCUUUUAUUUAUGCGCCUUCAUCAAUAGAAUUCUACUGUACAAGCCCACCAGGUAUGCACAGGAAUAAUGUCAUAAUGUUUGAGAAACAUGCUUUUGUCUUAUGCGCACUAAAAAAAACAACCAAAGACACUUAUCUCACUAUUUUUCACCUUUAAUAUUUCAUUCUAUUAGCAACUAUUCUACUUCCAUUAUACAAAAAUGUAUUCCAUUUUUACACAUUUAAUACCAUUAAUGAUGAUACCAUGAGCACCAAAGUGCAUCUUUGAUUUGUGCCUUUUCUGUGUGCGGCACAAAUCAAAUGAAAUCAUUUUGGUUCCAUUUUGCUGCCCAAAAAUUACCAUAUUGACCCAAAUAGGAGACGACCCUUAAUAUAAGAUGUUUUUCAAAACUAUAUUCAUAAAGACUCAAAUUAUGCAACAACAUUACGGUAUUCGUGCAAGCAAUAGCCAAGUAUAAAUUUGUCACAGAGUGACUGGGUGGGUCACUAAACAGAACUAAACAGAACACUAACUUGACUUAGGGUGUGAACAAGAAUGACACACAACACAACGUGUAACAGGUAAGUUGAACACACAAAAAGCCUGGUUUACAAAAACCCCAAAUAACAAAUGCUACAAAAUUGAGUGUACUAUUAGUGGCUGUGUUUGGGGUGAUCUACUCAGACUGCAUGUACAAUUGGUAACAAGAGCAAAGGUGGUGCAGACCGCUUUGUCACCAUGGAGACACUCAUUUCCUGUAUAUGUCUUGUGCUCCAACUUGUGAUAUUUUGCUAUGCUGUGAAACAUGUAGCACAGAAAUAUAUGUUCUACCCUUUCUGGCAAUAUAGAAGUGCAAUCUAGACAACAGAACCUAUUUUUAGCAUGCCAAGGGUGCCCUCUGCUGCUGUGCCAAAAACACCGCAGAGUGAUCCAGAUGCAAGAAAAUACAUGUUUUAAGAGAUUAUUUCAUUUUCAUAUAAAACAAACGCCAUUUAUUUGGCAAAAUGCCAGCAGGCACCAAAGCAAAUCAAUUGAAUUUUAUUUGGUGUCUACUGUCUCCAAUCAGCCCCUGAAGUCAUCAAGCUGUCAAAAUAAUAUGUUGCUAAAUAGACAGUAUUUUGAUACUGUAAGUUCUGACAGUCCAAAUAUGUCAGCACGCAUACAGAUGGAUUCCCUCUCCAUCGUCUGUUAUUGCAACACAAUCCUUUCUUUUUGUGCCAAUUUGUGCGUAACUGUGCCAGUUUGCACAUACCUUCCAAAAAAUAGACAUAACAGUGUCCGCAAACACUUUUAAGGCUUGAUAAAUCACACUGAUAGUGCUAAAUGAUUAUGUUUGCAUCACCUCCUGUGUUCUAAUAAUCAGCACAUACAUGAAGACAGACACGCUAAAUGGAUUGCACUCUCUAUUUUGCUCAUUUAACAGACACAAUCCUUGGCGCACAGGCUUAGUAGAUCAGCUUUGCGUGUGCUAUCAAGUUUGCACGUCUUUUAGUACAUCGGAACCAUUAGUAGAUCAGGCCCACGGAGAAACUACUACUACCAUGUGGAGAUAACAAGCAACAACUUAGCACAACAAUCCUGUUAUUUACUAAAGCUGUGAUACUUGUGCUUUCAUCCAUUAGUCUGGACAAACCAAUAUACAUAAAUUAAUCAGACUAAAGGCUGCACAGGGAAAACUAUAUGCAUAAAGUAAAAACAUGAUCGAAUGACAGAAUGUCUGCAAGGUUGAAUACAUUGAUUUUUUUUUUCUUUUCUACUAUUUUAACCAGCUCAGAAGAGCAAGUUGACUGCAAGGCACCCAUUUUUGAAUGCUACACAAACCGAAGAUACAGGCCAGCAAUUACAACACAAACCAUACUGAAAUUUUAAAUAUAUAAGACAAAUUGUGUCCGAAGGGCUGUUUCUCUGCGCCACUCACUCUCAGUUAGUGUGACUGAUUUUUUCAUACACCAUGGAGACUUAUUGGUUUGAACUGUAUAAACAAGUUUUAGAGGAGUUUUCAAGGGAAAUAUUUUGAGGUUAAGAUACCAUCUAAAAUUCAGGUCAAUUUAGUAUCUUAAUACGAACACUGAGUGAUUCCCCCUGUCAAAAACGAUUUAAUCAGUCUUUUUUUGUGUGAACUAUCACAUUGUCUUAAUUUUACUUGUACAGUUAAUUGGCCAUUCCAACAAAUCACUUCAAUUUGCUUGUUGGGACUUUCAAAAUAAUCAGAGUUAGUCUUUUAUGACCUCUAAAUGUAAUAAUACUCAUAUUGAACUACUUUAAUAUAUAUUUGCCCAUCGAAAGCAACUUUACUUAAUUUUUCUACGAGGUCCCUAAGCUGAAAAUAACUCAUUUGUGUAACAGGACUGAAAGUAACAGGAGUAAGUUUUUAGCUUAGAAUCUGCAAAUACAUGAAGUAAAGAUACACGACAUUUAUGCAAUUAGCAUGUUCACACUAAAUAACAUUAUUAUUGGCUUAUGGAGAUUAUAUUAUUUCUAAAAAAAAGUAUUUCAAAUAUUAACUAAUAAAAGUAUUGUAGGUAACAGGGCUGGGCUAAUUUAUUAACCCCCAGUCGUAGGAAAAUUAAACAAUAUACAGAACAUUAAUGAGUGAACUAUACUUUUGGCCGUCUGAUGGCCUGUUCAGCAUAGGUUUUUUUAUGAGGGCCACAUCACAAUUAUGGCUGCCCUUAGAGGGCCACCAAUGAUGUGGCAGGCCAUGUUAAACGAUUUGGACGACCACAUUAAACAGCCCGAAAGACCACAUUGAAUGAUGUGGAAGACCACUUCAAAUGACCCGAAAGACUACAUUGAAUGAUGUGACGGCCACAUUAAAUAAUGUGGAAGGCCACUUUAUAUGGUAUAGAAGACCAAAUUAAUUGAUGUGGCGCACCACUUUAAAUGAUGUGGACGACUAUUUUCAAUGAUUUAGAAGACCAAAUUAAUUGAUGUGGCGCACCAAUUUAAAUGAUGUGGAAGACUACUUUAAAUGAUUUAGAAGACCACUUAAAAUGACCCGGAAGUCCACAUUAAAUGAUGUGACGGCCACAUUAGAUAACAUGGCCACUUUAAAUGAUGUGGAAGUAGACCACAUUAAAUGAUGUGGCAGACAUGUCCUGUGUACCAUGUGACUCGUAGAACAUUCCACAUGUUUUAUGUAAUAUGUUAAAGUAACAGCAAUGAGUUAAAACCAAGUGGUGCGACUAAAGUUACAAUUUUAUGACAAUUGUUUUUUUUAAUUGGAAAUGUUGAGAUAAAGAAUAAC